AUGACGGAGCCGCGACCACCCACCGGAGCCAGUGAAAGCAGCCGUAGAAGUGGGCAGAGUGUUGGCAGCCGACAGAGCCGAAGAAGUGCCACGGUGAGUGUCCACUCCCGGGCAUCGGAGGUUUUCCUGCCGUGUCCAUGCGGUGCUCUUGUCAAGCUGGGGCUGCAACUCUCCAGUGAAACCUGA